UCAUGAAGUGAAAAAGCACCAUGAUGAAAAGGAAAAGCACCACAAGGCCGACCAUCAUGAUGUGAAAAAGCACCAUGAUGUAGACCAUGAUGAGCAUAAAAAGCAUCACAUGGUCGAGCAUCAUGAAGUGAAAAAGCAUCAUGAUGAGCAUAAAAUGGCUGAGCAUGAUGACCAUCAUAAGAAGGAAAAGGCAGUCAAAAAGAAACAAAAGCCGAAGAAAAAGCUUAAAAGAAUUACUAGGCACCAUGCCCACCACAGAGAAAGUUCUUCAAGUUCUUAUUCGGAGCCCGACUCUCCGGACUCCGAUGUGGAUUUGGGCGCCACCUUGGGUGCUUCCUGCAAGGCGUUGUUUACUAUUGGAAAGUGCGUUGGAAGAUGUGUUAUGAAGACGCCGAAAGUAUACAAAUUUCUGAAGGGGAAAGUAAAAUAUUUGAAGAAACUCAAGAAAGUCCUAGUAAAAGUAAUGCAUGUCUGUAAAAAGAUGGAGUGGGGUAAGAAAACUAAAACAGUAAGACAUGCAAUUGGCUGCACCAAAGGAAACAUGAAGAAGGCAUGGAAAAUGAGCAAAUCAGCAGGGAAGAAAGGCUACCACCUCUGCAAGAAGAUGCAUUUAGUGGCAGGCGCCAAAAGGGCGUACAAACUGUGCAAGUCCUGCUGGAAACACGUUCACGUGAAAAAGAUGUACAAACAGUGCAAGGCAGGCGCAAAAAAGACUUACAAACUGUGUAAGAUCUGCUGGAAGAAGUUCCACUUGACUAAGAGAGUGAAGCAAUGCUAUCAUUGCUCCAAGGCGACGGUGAAGUUAUGCAUAAAGUGCUUUAAGAUGUGCGAGCAAUGUGCUCAAUCAUUCGGAACGACAGUCGCAGAGACAGCGGCAUAAAGCAGUCAAAUCAUUUCAAGAAAAUAGUAAAGCUGCAUGGGCCUGGGAAUUAGGGUUGUGGAGGAGGGCCCAGGCCCACAUUUUGCAGUCAGUUAUCCCACUACUUCAAGAAUAAGUUAUCUUCAAGUAUCCAAGAAAAACAGACAUCACAAUACUGGAGACAAUACGACAAGAUUACAAGUUUGGAUUACCUAUCUGUUGGCCUGGGAGUUAAGGGUUGUGGAGGAGGGCCCAGGCCCAGAUAUUGCAGUCAGUUAUCCCACUACUUCAAGAAUAAGUUAUUAUCUUCAAGUAUCCAAGAAAAACAGACAUCACGAUACUGGAGACAAUACGACAAGAUUACAAGUUUGGAUUACUUAUCUGUUGGCCAUGGGAAAUAGGGUUGAGGAGGAGGGCCCAGGCCCAGAUUAUGUGCCAAGUAGUUUCUAGUGUCGAGAAACCAAGCAAAGCAUGGACAAAAGACAUCAAGAAACGUUGGCUACCUGUUAAUUAAUAUGUUUAUUUAAUGCAAAUAAAUAUUUUUAUUUAUAUGUCA